GACGACGUCCCCGAGUAUCACGCAUGCGCGCAGCACACGAGGCCUUGAAAAUGUCGGUUGCAGGUUAAAAACGAGAAGGAAUUUGUCGCCGGGGAUCUCAAACAGAAAACGCCAGUUUUGCUGUCUCUGUCUGGAUAUUUAAGAAGUGGAGCAAGGGAUUCAAUCGACUAUCCUUCCUGCUCAGACUGUGGAGAGGGAUUCAAUUGAUCAUUUGACCAAAUAGCAAGCCAGUCAUCUUACACAGGAGAAAGGCUGUUCACCCGCUCAGACAGUGGGAAUAGAUUCACUCAGUUAUCACAAUUGAAGGUACAUCAGCAAGUUCACACUGGGCAAGGCCAUUCAUCUGUUCUGUGUGUGAGAAAGGAUUCAGUUGGACCUGUGGACACACCAGUCAGUUCACACCACACCUGGUAGAGGCUGGUGAUCUGCUGAAUUUCUGGGAAAGGAUUCACUCAGUCAUUUGACCUUAUGGCUCACCAGCGAGUUCACACUGGGGAGAAGCCAUUCACCUGUUCAGUCUGUGGGAAGGGAUUCACUCAGUCAUCCAACCUACGGAGUCCCCAGCGAGUUCACACUGGGGAGAGGCCGUUCACCUGUUCAGAAUGUGAGAAGAGAUUCACUCAGUCAUCCAACCUACGGAGUCCCCAGCGAGUUCACACUGGAGAGAGGCGCUUCACCUGCUCAGUCUGUGGGAAGAGAUUCACUCGGUCAUCCAACCUACUGGUACAUCAGCGAGUUCACACUGGGGAGAAGCCAUUCACCUGCUCAGAAUGUGGGAAAGGAUUCAGUGAUUUAUCCAACCUACUGGUACAUCAGCGAGUUCACACUGGGGAGAAGCCAUUCACCUGCUCAGAAUGUGGGAAAGGAUUCAGUGCUUUAUCCAGCCAACUGAGACAUCAGCGAGUUCACACUGGGGAGAAGCCAUUCACAUGCUCAGAAUGUGGGAAAGGAUUCAGUGAGUUAUCCACCCUACUGGUACAUCAGCGAAUUCACAAGGGAUUCACUCAGUCAUCCCACCUACAGAGUCACCAGCGAGCUCACACUGGGGAGAGGCCAUUCACCUGCUCAGAAUGUGGGAAGAGAUUCACUGAGUUAUCCACCCUACAGAGUCACCAGCGAGCUCACACUGGGGAGAAGCCGUUCAUCUGCUCAGAAUGUGGGAAGAGAUUCACUCAAUCAUCCCAACUACAGAGACACCAGCGAGCUCACACUGGGGAGAGGCCAUUCACCUGCUCAGAAUGUGGGAAGGGAUUCACUCAGUCAUCCUACCUACUGAGACAUGAGAGAGCUCACACCGGUGAAAAGCCGUUCAAUUGCACAGAAUGUGGGAAACGGUUCACUCUGUCAUCCAACCUUCUGAAACACCAGCGAGUUCACACUGGGGAGAAGCCGUUCCUCUGCUCAGAAUGUGGGAAGAGAUUCACUCGCUCAUCCGACCUGCAGAAUCAUCAGCGAGUUCACACUGGAGAGAAGCCAUUCCCCUGCUCAGAAUGUGGGAAGAGAUUCAGUCACUCAUCCACCCUACUGGUACAUCAGCGAGUUCACACUGGGGAGAAGCCGUUCAUCUGCUUAGUCUGUGGGAAGAGAUUCACUGAGUCAUCCAGAUUGCUGGAACAUCAGCGAGCUCACACUGGAGAGAGGCCAUUCACCUGCUCAAAAUGUGGGAAGAGAUUCACUCGCUCUUCCACACUACAGAGACAU